UCCCGGGAAGUUCUCAAAUGAAAGAACGUCAGGGGAAGAGGAAAAGGAUGAACGCUGGUCGUUGGUCCAUGGGUCCGACUUUCUCCGUCUGCACGGCGUUCCUCCUCCGUUCCACCACCGAUCUUUCUCCGUCCACCACUCGCAUACCUCCUUUGAGUCCCUUUCAUGUUCAUCACCUUUUCUCAAUGAAUUGUCGAUGUUACUGCGAAGAAUUAUACAAAAAAUUAUAUGCAGAAAACCCUUGAUUUUGCUGUUUUGAUUUCUUCCCCCAAGAGGCUGCCGGAGAAAUCAUCCAUCAACAACAAGCCAACAACGAGGACGACGACGAACAACAAUAGCAAACUGAUUAUAUGACUCCUAUACCACCCUCUGAUGAACCUUUUAACCCUUUUGGCCAUUUGGAUUUGGAUCUAUCUGACUCCGAGCUCCGUGAAACCGCCUACGAGAUCUUCGUCGGGGCUUGUGGAAGCCCCGGCGGUGGUAGGCUGCUGAGUUACGUUUCUCAUUCAGGGAGAUUAUUCGAUUGGACGCCACCGGGGCCUUCUUUUCAGCGGUCAUUAACAUUCUCGAGCGGAAGCAAGGUGAAAAGAUCAUUGGGUUUAAAUUCUCCGAAGAAGAAAAAGGGUCCAGGUUCUGCUCCGGUGAGUCCAGUGAACAAGACAAAUCAGCAUCCAACAAUUGGUGAGAUGAUGAGAAUUCAGAUGAAGAUUUCGGAUGAAAUCGAUUGUAGGGUUAGGCCUGCGUUACUGAAAAUCGCUUCUGAAUUGGUUGGCAGGAGAAUCGAAUCAAUAGUUUUACCCGUAGAACUUUUACACCAGUUCAAAGCUUCCGAUUUCCAAACUCAACACGAAUACAACGAAUGGCAAAGAAGACAAUUAAAAAUACUUGAACUCGGAUUAUUGCUUCACCCCAAAAUACCCCUCGACAAGAAAGAUUCAUCUGCUCAACAACUCUCCAAAAUCAUACACACUGCUUAUGAACAUCACAUGGUGACUGGAAAACACAGUGAAGAAGUUAAAACCCUUCGUGGUGUAACAAAUCAGCUUGCUUGUAGAUCAUUUCAUGGUGAUGAUUCCGAAAUGUGUCAUUGGGCAGAUGGGAUUCCAUUGAAUCUUCGGCUUUACCAAUUCCUUCUUGAAUCUCUUUUCGACAUUGAAACCCCAACAAUUAUAAUCAACGAAAUUGAUGAGAUGUUAGAGUUCAUAAAAAGGACUUGGGGUAUUCUCGGAAUUAAUCAGAGGUUCCAUAAUCUUUGUUUCGUGUGGGUUUUAUUCGAUCGUUUUCUUUCCACAGGGCAAGUUGAAAACAAUUUGCUUCUUGCUUGUGCUAAUUUGUUGUUGGAAAUUAAGGAAGAUGCAGAUUCUGAUUCUGGUUUUAGUACUCAGUAUUCCAAGAUCUUGAAUUCUACUUUAAUGUUUAUUUUUAAGUGGGCUGAGAAAGGGCUUUUUGGGUAUCGUGAGUUUUUUUAUAGAGGCAAUGUUGAGUUGAUGCAUAUUGUUUUAUCGAUUGGGUUAUUAGCAGAUGAAUUAAUGGUAGAAAAAAGUUCAUGUGAUGAUGAUAUGAGGAAAAUAGUUUAUGAAACAAGUGGGAAAGUUGAUACUUACAUCCGAUCAUCAAUGAAAAUGGCUUUUAGUCAGAUAAGGGACAAGUUAAUGACAAGUAGAAAAUCAACAAAAAGACAACAAACUAAUUUCAAUCAACUUCCCGCUCUAUGUGUAAUCGCCCAAGAAAUUACCGAUUUAGCCUUCACCGAAAAGGAGAUUUACAGUCCAAUACUAGCGAAACACCAUCCCCUUCCUGUCGGUGUGGCAGUGGCAACUCUUCAUUCUUGUUUUGGUCAACAAGUCAAAGCAUUCAUUUCAAAUAUUACCGAUUUGACACCAGAUGUUAUACAAGUCCUCAUAGCUGCUGAUAAGAUGGAAAAGUGUUUAGUACAAAUGGCUGUUGAAGAUUCUUUUGAUAGUGAAGAUGGUGGAAAGUCAAUAAUUCAAGAAAUGAGUCCUUAUGAAACUGAGAUUGUGAUUGGUGAUUUGGUCAAAUCUUGGAUUCAAACAAGAGUUGAAAGACUUACUCAAUGGGUUCAUAGCAAUUUAAAAAAAGAGGUGUGGAACCCAAAAGUAAACCAAGGGCAAUUUGGUCAAUCUGUGGUGGAAGUUUUAAGAACAAUUAGUGAAACAUUGGAAGCAUACUUUUUACUACCAAUACCCCUUCAUGCAGCCUUACUACCAGAUUUAAUAAAUGGUCUCGAUAAAUCCCUUCAAGAUUACAUUUUCAAAGCAAAAUCCACUUCUGGAAGUCGAAACAAAUUUCUUCCAAAAAUACCCUCGUUGUCACAAAUGGCUGAAAAUAGAACAACAAAAGACAAUUAUGAUUAUGAUUAUGAUGAUGAUGAUGAUUCUUGUGGUAUACUACAAUUAUGUGUUCGUGUUAAUACUUUUAUUUAUAUUCGUAAAGAAUUACAAAUUUUUCAAGAAAGGGUAGUCGCACAAUUGAGCAGCACUGGAAGUAGAACAACUGACAAGGGCAAUAUUGUCAAUUACUAUAAAAUUAGCUUCAACCUAUCUUUAACCGCUUGUGAAGACGGGAUUCAAGAACUCUGCGAGGUAACCGGAUAUAAACUCGUAUUUCAUGAAUUAAAUCAUGUUUUUUGGAAGGGUUUAUACAUCGAUGGAGCUUCAUCUUCAAGAAUCGAACCUUUUUUAGAAGAAUUGGAAGAGAAUCUUGAAAAAAUAACGGGAAUUGUACACGACGAUAGCGUUAGAACAAGGGUAAUUACGGAAAUUAUGAGAGCUUCGUGUGACGGGUUUUUGUUGGUUUUGCUUGCCGGAGGUCAUUCUCGUAAUUUCACUCUUCAAGAUUCCUUCAACAUACAAGAGGAUUUUCAUCUUCUCGUCGAUCUUUUCUGGUCUCAUGGCGAUCGAUUGCCGACGGAAUUGAUAAGCAAAUUCUCGGCUCCGGUGGAAGGUAUUUUACCCCUUUUUGCAACCGACACCGAAACCCUAAUCCAGCAAUGUAAGGCUUUAGCGGUGGAUAAGGGUGGCCGUUUGCCGGAGUCCGGCGAGUGGGAUCGGAACGACCCGAAUACGAUCUUGAGAGUGUUGUGUCAUCGUGACGAUAGGGUUGCUUUUAAGUUUCUUAAGAAUAAUUUUCAUCUCCCGAAGAACGUUUGAUGUAUAGAUGAUUGUGUUGAUUAAUGAUUCUGAUAGGUGGCGAACGGCGGCAGUUGUACAUAUAAAGUUACCGGAUUUGUGGUGGUUCUGGUGAACCACCGUGACAGGUUUAUUCCAUUUUUUUUCUUAUUGAUAUAAUCUAUUGAUCGUGUAUUCUUUUGGCAACAAGGUUGAUGUUAACAUUAAUCAUUAAUGAAGUAGAAAAUGUUAUUAGUGUAUAAUUUAUCUGGAACUUCCAUAAUGGAGUCCAAGUAUUCUCGAAGGCCUUUUGAAAUGUACUUUGAAGAUAAAGACUUUGUUUCUUACUUUUCUUAAGCCAAGAUAUAACUUCAUUCACCAUGAGUCCUCAAAUUAAAGUUGGUUAAAACAACCAUAGAAGCUGGAGAGUCAUCAAAUUUGAUAAGGAAAACUCUUCCCGGGAAAUUCUUGUUGAAAACAUCGAUCGUAUUGAAAAAGUGGUAGAAACUAGACCAUUAUCAAAUCAAGAAAAACAUUACAAUUUGGCUUGGAAUAUAGAUAUCAUAAUCCUAUUCCUUUAUAGACAUUAAAGUGUAUCUAUCUCAAAUAAAAUGGACAAUAAAAGGGGAUGGGAAUUCACAAUUUUUUUUUUCAUGGUUUUAUCAAUAACACAUAUCGAGUCAGAAUGAAUAGCUUGCUGAUUAACAAUAAUUGGGUCACCGACACCAUCCAACAUUAAGGAUGAAGUACUUCGACUUUUCUCAUCAAAACACAAGGAAAAAUCCAUCCUCGAGACCCAAAUUGUGUAGUUCUUUAUUCAAAAGUGUUUCGCCUUGUGAUGCCUCAUUCCUUGACACAUCCUUCUUGGUUUUGGAAACAAAAGAAGCAAGAUGGGUUUUAUGGAAAUAAAAAUGCACUUGGUCUAGAAGGAUUCACAUUCAAAUUCUUGAAACACUUAUGGGAACUCCUUCAAGAAGAUUUAGUUUAUGUUUUCAAUGAAUUUGGAUUCAAUGGGAAGAUUAGUAGGGGUUGCAACUCGAAAUUUAUAACCCUCAUACCUAAGGUAAAAUAUCAUCUUACACUUGAUCAACAACACCAAUUAGUAUACUUAGAUGCAUAUACAAAAAUAAUUGUAUACGACUUCAAUAGACUUAAAAGCUAAUGUGGUCAGAUUGUGAGUGGUGUAAUUGACCUUCAUCUAUAGUUGCAACAUCCUAGAUGCCUCCUUACGAUGGAUUUUGACAAAGCCUUCGAAUAUAUACAAUGGGAGUUCCUAAAUUAUUUGAUGUCACAAAUGGUCUUUAGUUCUCUUUGGAGACGUUGGAUUAGAGGUUGUAUCACCACGGCUUGAAUGUUCA